UGUAAUCGUUUAUUUAUAUUGCCUACAAAUUUUCGAACCAAUAAAAUUCCUACACUGGGUAGCACUUCUAAAUAUUCACCUUUACUGGAUGUUUGACAGUAUACUGUCAGUUUUGUUCGAAAUCUCUGCUUAGCGGAACGCAUAUGAGAAAACGUCUAGGCUGGAUGGACAAGCAAAAGAAUCACGAUUGGUCAAAAGCGAUUUCCUACGAUAGAAGUUAUAGCGUAAGUUUUGCGUUCCUAGUUGAGAAACAGUACCCUUUUUCUUUCAGUGCACUGAAAGAAAUGGGUACUGUUUCUCAACCAGGCACGUUUCACCUGCGCUAUAAGUUUAUUCAUCGCAGAAAAUCUCUUUUGACCAAUCGUGAUCCUUGUGCUUCUCCGGCUGGCAUGAAUUUUCUUUCUGUAUCGUCUAACCUAGACUUCUCGCAGGUGCAGAGUAGGAAAUUCCCGAGCAUUUGCGCUAUCAUUUGGGCGUGUCGACGAAGAAUAUUUCAGUUUAAAUUGUCCUAGAGUAGACAAUUUCCACCGUUAAACAACGACAAUCGUAGAAACAUCAAAUCAAUGGCCAAGUCUUCAAAUAAUCAGGAGAACUUGUCUCUUGAACUACUUUGUUCUGUUUGCUGGACGUCUCGCUCUGAAGAUAACAGAUGGUAAUCCGAAGGUGAUGCGUGACAUAAAAGAUUCGAUGGUGAAACACUUCCAGUCAGUUUCUCGGUAGUACUCGGACGAAGACGUUCAAUACUGGGCGCAAUGAUGGCGUUAACAAUUUCUACGGUGAUUGUUGGUCUUGUUUGUCCUGUUCUGUUCAUUGGCGUCGCCGAAUCCAGUCGGAUACUUUGCAUCGAUCCCAGUCUCGGAAAAUCACACGCACUUGUUUCACAAACCUUACUGCGAGGGUUAGCCGAACGCGGUCAUGAGAUUACGAUGGUUAGUUCAUUUAAAAUGUCGAAACCGGUGGCAAAUUUCAGAGAAAUAUUGAUCCCUCUGAAAAACGAUUUCACUAGCAAACAGAUGAAAGGUUUUCUCGAAAAACCACCGAACAUGUUGCUAGAAUUUCCUAGUUUUAUUACACGAAUUCUUGUUGUGGUCAACGAAACUGUGAACAAUCCGGAAGUUGUGGCACUGAAAAAGGAAAAAUUCGAUCUCGUCAUCGUAGGAUAUUUUAUAGCGGACUUUGUUCUCGGGUUCGGUCCGCACUUUGGCGCUCCGACGGUAGUCCUCUGGACCGGUGGAUUAUCCAAAAUGAUGGCCGAUUUGGUAGGAAAUCCAAUGGAGAUCGCUGCUAGCCAAAAUCCGUUUCUUGGUCACCAAGAUUCUACGAAGUUUUCGACACGAUUCAAAAAAUUUCUACUUGCCGGCGUGGAAAAUGUGUUGAUAACCUUUGCGAUGCACAACCAAAGAUUCUACUACGAUUGGAAUUUCCCUUCGGAUCGCUAUCCGAGCUACGAAGACGUGAGGAAAAAUGUAUCUCUGCUCUUACUGAAUAGUCAUUUUACGCAUAGCGGACCAAGGCCGUAUCUUCAAAAUGCCGUCGAGGUAGGAGGAUUACAGAUUAAGCAAAAGCCGGAUCCACUACCGAAGGACAUCCAGGAUUGGUUGGACGGUGCAGAGCAUGGGGCUAUUUAUUUUUGCUUGGGAUCCAAUCUCAAAUCGACUGAUCUGCCUGCACACAAAAUGGAGAUUUUUGUCAAAAGUUUGGGCAAACUGAAGCAACGGAUUCUGUGGAAGUGGGAAGCGGGAAGUUUGCCGAACCAACCGACUAAUGUUAUGACGAAAAGUUGGCUUCCACAGGAUGAUGUUUUAGCACAUAAAAAUGUAGUGCUCUUCAUAACUCACGGAGGUCUAGGUGGUAUAGCAGAAGCCCGGUUUCAUGGAGUCCCAAUAUUGGGUAUUCCGAUUUUCGCUGAGCAAUCCGGAAACGUAGCAACCGUGAUCCGAGAAGGAUGGGGACUGGAGGUGAAAUACGAAACGCUUAGUGAGGCGACAUUAAGUAAAUUGGUAAACGAGGUCCUGACCAAUUCGUCGUAUCGUCAGAAAGCUAAAGAAAUUUCCACCCUUUAUCGGGAUCGACCUAAGACUGCAAUGGAAACGGCUUGCUAUUGGGUCGAGUACGUGAUUCGCCACAAGGGAGCUCCCCACAUGCACUACCAGGGAGCGGAUCUUAACUUUUUCCAGUUGUAUAUGUUGGAUGUCAUAGCCGUGAUUUUAUGUGUUUUUUAUUUAGCAAUUAAAAUUUUUAAGAUAGUUUACGCCGGAAUCGUGAAACUAGUUGGUAAAAAGCAGACAAAACGAAAACUUCACUAGAUUUUAAUCGGUAUGUUGAUUACGAACAGUAUUUGUAAAAUGGUCUCGUGUUCAGCUAAAAAAGCAUCAGUCUAGAACAUUCCAACAAAUAGUUAUAGUUUUACGGUAAUAUUCAGUAAUAAGCUGUACCUUUUUUAUCAGUUCCCAACAACAAACUGGAUGGAGUAAUUCUCGUCUGCAAUUUUUCAGAAAUUUGUUACCAGUUUUUUUUUUCACAGAAUGUGUUCGGUUGCGAUCUGAUGAAAAUUUACCUAUUAAGUUCAUGUCGAUCUUGAGUCGACCGAAUAGGAAAAAGUUGCAUGGAGUCCAAUCAGGUGAAUUCGGUGGUUGCUGAAUGUUAUUCAUUUCGUUUUUAGCCAAAUGUUAACGGAUAACGGUGGCAUUCUUUUUCGACAGAAAACGACUCACAGACUCACGGCCACUUCUGGAAUAUUCGUGCCACUGAUAAACGACUGUUUUCUACAGAGUAUCGUUGCCCAAACACUCUUCUAACAUUUGCAAUUUCGUCGCACUAUUGAAACCGUUUUUAACACAAUCACACACGCACAAUCGCAGAUGUACUCAAUGCAGCGUAACUUUUACAAACGUCCAGGUAUCGAGCUGGAAAUUUGAUAGAAUAUCAAUGACAGAUGUGUCAACUUAAAAAAAUCCAAUCGAAUGACUGAGAGCAUCACACGGUGGUGAUUCCGGGAACUUUUUGAUCAACGUAGUAUACCUUCUGAUCAAAAUUCACCCGAACUGGUCUAUUUAAACCGCGCGCGUGAAACCGAUCGGAUUGUUUUUUUAGGUUGGUACAAACUUUUUCGAUAUUCCUGUUAAGUUUGAGCGGGAUAUGUCAAUUAGUGUGUGUUUGGCAGCUGUUUGUUUACGACACGAAAAAUUGGUCUGGCUAUUUUUACUAUGGAAAAAUAUUGAACAACGAGUUUGCUUGAAACUUUGUAUUUCAAAUGAAAUUUCGGCUACGGAAUGAUUGAAAAUAUUGCAGAAGUGUUUUGGGGAGUCUACUCUAUUGAGAACGCAAGUAUUUGAGUGGCAUUAAAGCCAGAGAUGUCCAUCUCCUCUGUGUGACGAAGAGCAAGCAAAAUUUCUCUCCACGCACUGACAACUUCAACGAGAGCUCUUCUCUUUCACAUAUAUACACCAUUGUUGUAUAAAGUGUACCUCUUCCACUGAUUCGCACCAAAGUACUAGAGCAUUAAAUUCUCUGAGGUGGAUGCAGAUACUUUCACAAAGGUGUACACGCCGGUGAGCACUCUGGUGUAUGGUUUGCGUAGAAGAAGCGUGGGGCAAGCAAAAUCAGCAAAAUAAAACAAUUUAUCGUUAAAUUUUCAGUUUUCAUUGCAAAUUUUUCAUAGCAAGACCAGAUCUGCUCUCUAUUAAUUAAAGUUCACAGAAGUGUUCGCUCACCAUCACGCGCCAGUGAUCACUUGGGUGUAUUUAGGCGAGAGCACGUGAGAGUUAUUCGUGCGAAGAGAAUGCUAUUCUCUCGCACCAGCUUCUUUCAACACAAGCACGCACUCAAAGACUGUCUGUCUGGACACUGAAAAGAAGUGCGCUUUCCUCUUUGUGUGAAGCGGGACAAAUGUAUCCGCUGUGUUCAAUUGAAACCAACGCCCUGGUGUAUCACUCUAGUGAAAUGCCAUCUCUGAUUAAAGCAUUCAGUGAGGGUCGCGAGAUCGUAGAAAAAAAAACGUCAAAUUCGGUCAAAAAUCAAGAUGAUGCUCAUCGUACAAUUGUUUCCUGCCUAAAUAUAUCGGACUCACAUUUUUGCAUUUUGUCGUUAAGGUGAUCAUUUUUUUUGUUCAUUUCAAAUUCAUUCUAAAAAAAAGUUGUUCGCAUCUAAAGUUAAAACAGAGUUUUCACGUCCUUUGACUUUAAUUCAUACGGUACCCAAUUGCCUACCUCAGAGCCGUAAUGAGUAUUUCUGGCGCCCGAGGCGAACUCAAAAAUAAAAGACGAAAAUGGCGUUUUUUACGGUUUUAUGCCUUUUUCAGUGAUGGUAUUAUAUUUUCAACAAACACUUUACCCUAUAUUUUCGGAUCUGGAUGGAAUUCAGGAAUUCGUCUAAUUUGAAUCAAAGUUUGUGAAAAUCGGUUCAGCCAUCUCCGAAAAAAGUUAGUGCACUUAUUUUUGCACAUUUCACCCCAUAAUUCCGGAACCGGAAGUCGGUUCAAAAGUCGGUUUUCACAGUGAUUGCAUAACCUUUCUACAUGAGAAAGGCAAAAAAGAGUUGAUUAUAGCUGUCAUGAAACUGUAGGAGUGGGUGCAUGAAAUUUUCGAAAUCGAAGAUUUUUUUUCGAUGCCAAAUAUCUUAGAGUUUAAAUAAAUCCAAAAUAAAAAAAAAAUUUCUUAUUCGAGAUCUAAAAUUUCAAAAAAAAAAUUCACUUGACUGUAAAACUUAGAAAAUUUUGAGAUUCCCGAAAUCGAAAAAUAUACAUUGAUGUCAAAUGUAAUAGAAAUGCAUGAAACAUCGAGAUCUAGUGUCAUCACGAGAAUAAUUAAAACUAAUUGACAAUGGGGCUUGGAAAAUUUUCGAGAUUUCCAAAAUCGAAAUAUUUUUCUAUGGCAAAUGUUUUAGAAUUGCAUGAGAUCUGGUGUCAUCUAAGAAAAAAAAAUUGAAAAAGGUUUUUUUUCCUCGGCAUCUUACUACUUAAGCAAUGUGCCUUUAAACUUAUAAUAUGGAAUAAAAAAAUUGUUUUGAUGCCAAAUGUCUCAGAAUGACCAAGAUCCGGUGUUCAAGGAUGGCUUUUCUUGUAUCGAAGAACGCAGCUCUUCACACGAUUCAAUCAGUGCCAUCAAAGAAAGACGAAUAUCAUCGCAGCAACAAAAAACCGACAUGGUUCAUUUAACAUCGAAUGGACACCAGUGCGAGAACGAAUUUCUCUCGAUGGCCUGUCUGAGCAUCACGGGCUAGCACGCUACUGUGGCGCUCUCUCUGAAGCAACAAAUGGUCGCUUAUUCUCGUUUCGAUCAGAUGCUGUAUGGGCAGUUGAUAAUUUCGAUAGAACCGUUUUACUUCGUAUAAGUUGUGUCUAUGAAAAUGUAUGUGAAUGCUCCACACGAGGAUUCUGAAAUAUUGCAACCUAGUAUGAGAAUCAUCGAGUCGAAUCAUCGAUUCGAUUUUCUGCGAUAAAUGUCAACUUGCGAUUCUCUCUUGGUAAAUUUCACGCAGCACCGAUCAUUACCAGACUGUGUAUAAGGGAAGUGAAAUACUCAGAGUAUGAAGUGGAGCGAAGAAAUGUAGAAAAAUUCUCUCACGGUUCAUGCAUUGAGAGACACGAGUUCUUGUAGCAUCUUCUACCGGAUUGAAAAUGUUGUAUACAAUAUAGAAAACUAUCGAACAGCUUCUGUCAAAUUAUCGGCAAUCACCAACACUGCCGGUGUUAUCUCGACAUUUAAGGUGAAAUGUAGCGUCAUAUAAUACGCGCAAAAUUUUAUCCGCUUCAGUUAAACGAACCGUCGCACAAAGCAUACCAAGAAAAACGGACACAUCGAAACAAGAACUUUUUUCAAUGAUUGAGCGCAGUGGGUUUACCUCUCGUUACAUUGGCUUGUAAAAAAGACUGGACGAAAUGGAUUUUUGAAUCCUUCACACUUUGAACAUAUGCUAAUUCAAUCGUUAUUGUUAGUGAUCACUCUUACACUAGAGCUAUAAAUCAUGAGUAAUUAUGAAUGACUAACAUGAGGCUAUAUGUAUAUGUAUUGACUAACUUGCUAACCAUGUAUAUGCCUGAGUUUUGUAGCAAGCAUGGAUUCACCUUCAAAAGAACGAUUGAAGACGAGAUAACAUUCAAGUAUUUUCGAUAUCUUUGCCAGUCGUUCAUCAGGCCCUUCCCGCCGAUGAGAUAGAAUUUACGUAGAAGUAUUUACUUGACUCGCAUGAUAGAGCGCGGUCGAAUUUACUUAUCGAAUACAUUCAAUGCCAAUAUAUUCCAUUCUAAUUAACUUUUAUUAUCAUCUUCGAAUAAGUAGAAAGUAUUAUUUCUGUUGUGUCAAUAGAAUCGUAGCACUAGCCAUGUAAUCGAAGCUAUGCUAUGAGUCGGCUGCGAAGUCUGCUGAAACAGAAAGGCCAAAUUUCUCAAAAGGAAUGUAAUUCGAAGCCUUCCAUACCCAGACAUUUUCCUGGUGAGGAUUCAGUAUUCUCCCAAUACGGUACAAUCUAAAAUAAUACCUGUUAUACGAUAUUACACAGCCAAGCUUUAUUGCUUCAGCAACAUCAAUGCAUUGAACUCAACAGAAUUGGACAUUAUUAGCGAUAUAAAUGACAGUUACUUAGAAAAUAAACGAUUUCUUACAAUGCCCAUUUUAUAGUAUUCAACUCGUUUUCAUUUUAACACAAAAUCCAAUGCUGUAUAAAUUCGCGUCAUUAUUUUAUAUGUAAUUUUUGCUCACGAUAUAAUGCCACCGAGUCCACCCGUGCAUUUCUCACACCACCAACUAUCUCAAAUAUAUUGUUUUAUCUAUUGGAAUCGAUGCGAUCUGACCACAUUUAAAGAGUAGUCCUAUGUCAAAACGUGCAAUAUCAGUGCAGUGAAUAGUAGUACAGAUAUCUACACACUUGCACAUUUGAAUAAAUUCGGAUCUCCCAUUAGCCAAUUUUCGGUAAUGGUAAUCCGUUUCAGGGAGAAAGGGCUUUCAGAAAAUCUUAUUUUUGCCCUUUAAUCUUGCGUCUGUUGUUCAUGAAAAAUAAUUGUUAAGGGGCGGGUAGGGUCUAACAUUUUUGAAAAAAAAACCUUUAUUAUUUUCUUUACAUUUUCUUUUUUUUUUGUUUCGAUUAUAGAAGUUUUAACCUUAAGGUCAUUCGCCUCUUCGGGCCAGAAGAACUUUCUGACUUUAUGUGCGGGGUUGGGAA